AAGAUUUAGGUCAUCGCGCACUGGUCGAAGUGUUUGUCUCAUCAUGAAGAUGUGCAUGAUAACGCCGAUGCUUUUGCUCGUGCUCUUCGUGCAGUGCGGCACCCUGGCUGGUAAAGUGAAUAAACACAAGCCAUGGAUCGAGACGUCCUACCAUGGUGUCAUCACCGAGAACAUGGACACCGUCCUGUUAGACCCUCCUCUUGUUGCCUUGGACAAAGACGCCCCUGUCCCGUAUGCAGGAGAGAUCUGUGCUUUUAAGAUUCAUGGGCAGGAGGCCCCGUUUGAGGCAGUGGUGUUAAACAGGACAUCAGGCGAAGGGGUGCUGAGGGCACGAGGCCCCAUCGACUGUGAGCAGCAGAAGGAGUACACCUUCAUCAUCCAGGCCUACGACUGUGGAGCCAGCCCAAGUGGAGCCAAUUGGAAGAAGAGCCACAAGGCAGUGGUACAUAUCCAGGUGGAUGAUGUAAAUGAGUUCUCCCCAGUGUUCAGGGAGCCGCUGUACCAUGCCAUGGUAACCGAGGGCAAGAUCUACGACAGUAUACUUCAGGUGGAGGCUUGGGACGAGGACUGCUCUCCACAGUAUAGCCAAAUAUGCAACUAUGAGAUUGUAACACAGGAUACACCCUUUGCUAUUGACCGCAAUGGCAACAUCAGGAACACAGAGCGACUGAGCUACGACAAACAGCAGCACUACAAAAUCUUGGUGACCGCCUACGACUGUGGCCAGAAGAGGACGACGGAAAGUGUUCCAGUUCACAUUGAGGUCAAGCCAGUUUGCAAGCCUGGGUGGCAAGGUUGGAACAAGCGUGUGGAUUACGAACCUGGAACAGGCAGCAAGCAGCUUUUUCCCAAGAUGCACCUGGAGACAUGUGAUGGACCUUUAUCUUCUGUGCGAGCCAUGGUGGAGCUACAGACCAGCCAUAUUGGGAAGGGCUGUGACAGAGAAACCUAUUCUGAGAAGUCUCUGCAGAAGCUCUGCGGAGCAGCCUCAGGAAGCACAGACCUUCUCCCGGCCCCCAGUGCAGCCACCAAUUGGACAGCUUCCUUGCUGACGGACAGCGGGCGAGACAGUGACCUCAUCUUCCGAUUUGAUGGUCGACAGGCAGCCAAUAUCCCGGAGUGGGUUGUGCCACAGAACCUGACAGAUCAGUUUACCAUAGCAACGUGGAUGAAGCAUGGGCCAAGUCCUGGGCUGAGAGCAGAGAAAGAGACAUUGCUCUGUAACUCAGACAAAACGGAGAUGAAUAGGCAUCAUUACUCUUUAUACGUGCACAACUGUCGCUUGGUGUUUCUACUGAGACGAGACUUUAUUCAGUUGGACUCCUUCAGGCCAGCUGAGUUUCACUGGAAACUGGAGCAGAUCUGUGAUAAAGAAUGGCAUUACUACGUUAUCAAUGUGGAGUUUCCUUCAGUGAUGCUUUUCGUAGAUGGAGUGACAUAUGAACCCUACCUGGUGACGGACGACUGGCCCAUCCACCCAUCUGAGAUCGACGUACAGCUUACUGUUGGUGCCUGCUGGCAAGGAGGAGAGGUGACCACUCCACGGUUCACACAGUAUUUCCGUGGAAGCCUCUCUGGCCUGACAGUCCGGCCAGGGAAGAUUGCGACUCAAAAGGUGAUUUCCUGCUUACAGGCCUGUAAGGAGGGCCUGGACAUCAGCUCUCUAGAGAGUCUAGGCAAAGGCAUGAAGUUCCACUUCAAUCCAGCUCAGUCGGUGCUGGUGAUGGAAGCAGAGGACUUGGAGAACAUCAACACGGCCAUGACCAAAGUCUCUUACAUCAACUCUCGGCAGUUUCCCACUCCUGGUCUGCGCAAACUUCACAUAACCACCACAGUACAAUGUUUCGGUGAAGACACGUGCAUCUCCAUUCCAGACAUCAAGGCGAUGGUGAUGGUGUUGCCGCCCAGCGAACCUCGGAUCACCAUCGCUGGGGUGCAGCGGCUGGUUUGGCCAGCGGCUCAGCUCCGAGCCCCUGGUGGGGUGGCCCUGUUCAAGGACAUACACAUCAUUAGUACCGUCACCAAGACCGACUCUACCCUCAGCAUAGCCCGGAGACCUGGUGUUCUGGAGUUUAUGCAUAACCUAGAUUAUUGUGAUGUGCUCGUGAUCGGAGAGGAACUGGACCUGGAGCGUGAGAGUCUGGAGAUUCACCACAGCUCUCUCUUAGGCAAACAUCUGGAUGCCACCAACUCUACCUCUGGCAUCUCCAUCUAUGGUGUGGACUCCAUGGCACAUUAUGAACAGGCCAUCAGGCAGGUGAGGUACCGUAACUGGAACUCUGGCAGUCUGUCCGAGAGAAGGUUCCGGCUCAGUUGCUCUGAACUGAAUGGACGCUACACAAGCAAUGAGUUCAACUUGGAGAUUGGAAUUGUACACAGCUCAGAGGCCUUGGAACAUGUCAAUCACAUGGCAGUCCAAUCCCAGUACAUGAGACCUGUGCAUCAUCCACUGGUGGUGCAUACUGUCAACUCUGACCACAUAUCAGGAACCCCUCCUGCUGCAACAGUGGUAAUCGCGAUGUGUAUCGCCGCCCUGGUGGUCAUUGUGGUCUUGGGCAUCUACCGGAUCCACAUCACCCACCAGGAGGGUUCAAAAGAAGAUGAGGAGGCAAGAGAGCACUCAGAGAUGGACUGGGACAACUCCAAUCUUAAUAUCACAGUAAAUCCCAUGGAGAGCAUUGAUGGAACACAGAAUGCUGAGGAUGUUAGGGAGGAGGAGCCAGAGGAUGAGGAGGAGGAUGAAGAGGACGAUAAUGAUGAUCAACUGGCAGGAGAUCUCUCGUGUGCUGAAUCCGAGGACAGCGAUGAAGACACUGACAUUCAGAAGGGAAAAGUUAAGGGAAAACUGGAGUGGGACCCCUCUACGUUACCCUACUAAAUCACACGCACACACAGCCACUCAUAAAUGCAUACACAUUCAGACAAGCAAGCAGAUUCAUAUGCAGACAUAGACUUGUACACAUACACGCACACACACACACAUGCACGCACGCACACACACACACAAACACACACUUAAUGCCCUCUCAAACUUACAGAAGCCAGAAAUAAUUACCUGAAAAGCUGUCACUCAUCAGUCAUUGCCAUGAGAAACCCUGAUUUCCACAUGCUUUCCAACCCCCACAAAAAACAUCCCUAAUUCUAUGGCUCCCUCUGUUGGUCAAUAUUUGGAGUUGCACCACUCGAUCCAAAUGUUGCAAAGCCUGUUUGUUCUUCAGUAGGUUUAAGCUACAGUGUCUCAGCAGUGUCUAAAGCCUAUAUAAAACCAACACAAUGCAGUUAAUUGUGAACAUAUGAAUCAGCAGCUCUGGGAUAUAUUUUUUAAAAACCUUAUUCUUUUUUUUGUGUGUUUCUUGUUGUUUAAUCAGAAUAUAUUCUAACAUCAGGAUGUUUUCUCCCUUUCUGCAAUACUAAACUGUAAUAUUUGACAGCGUGUGGCUAUGCCUUCACCAUUUGUUGUCUGUAAUCUUCAGAGUAACACCUAAUAUUGCAUUGAUGUGCAAUAGUAAAUACCCAAAAGUAGUUUUUUUGCAAUGAAAGUAAAAGUAUAUCUAGUACAUGAUAAUGAUAUUUUCCUCAUUUGAAAUAUAGAAAAUGUGUUUAUUUUAGAUCCUCUGAGAGAUUUUGAUUAAAGCAGUUCUCUUUAAGCAAAAAAUAUAUCGUAAUGAGAUGACAUUUACAAAAGACUUUUUUAAUGGUUUUGUUUUUUCUUUUUUGUUUUCUCUCUGUUUGGGUUCUUGGUGGUAAGGAGAAAGCGUGUCUGUACAUUUUUAUAUGCCUGUCUUCUGUAAAUAGGGAACUGUAGAGUAGUUGAAUGGUGACUCAGACUCCUCACGUCCUCCUGCAUAUAUACACACAGCCUGUUUGUCCACACUUGCUUGCUGAAGAGGAACGGUUCUUCCUCCUUCUGUCUGUGUUGAUCUCUCUCUUUUAUCGUUCUUGUCUCACCUCAGCUGUUGAUGGGUUCUUCCUCACUCCACCUCAAAUAGAAAAACAAAUCUAAACAGACUUAAAACAAGAUCAUAUUAAUUUAGAAGCAAAGUUGUGUAAGAUAAGAUAUGGGUUUAAAGCAAGGGCUUAGCCAAGAAAUUGCUUUUGGUUUGGCCCCAAUACAAA